GAAGAAGAGCCUGCUCAGGGGUGAAAGUGCUGGUGGGCCGGCGCGCUCUCACUGGCUGCCUGCGUGUCUGGGGGCCGUGUCUACAGGGAAGUGGGAAGGUGCGUGUGGAGCGCUGCCUGGGAGUGGGGGGGCCUCGGUCUGCCGGCACAGCAGCGCCGUGCGCCAGAGCAGGAGGAAUGUGAGCAGGGGAGAGGCGGCCGCACGGCACUCAGCCUCGACCAUGUGGAUGAGGAGGGACAGGCUGCUGGUGGCCGUCACCUUGACAGCUGUCUUCACCGCCGACGUUUACUUUGUGCUGCUGCCCAAGUUGCGGGAGAAGUACUCCGGGGAGGGUCAAGGGUGCCCUUGUUCUGAGUUGUGGGCUGGCAAUGCCAGCCAGGGUGACUGGCGCGCAUCCCCCUGGCUGUCCAACUCCUCCGCCGCAGCUACCGAUACAGGGGAGGGACAGGGGGCCACGUCCACCCCCAGAAAGCCAGAGGGCAAGGAAUGGGCGUCCAAGCUGCAAUGGCUUUUUACCCAUCCGCUCUACAACUUCCGCAACCCAGAUCUGGGAGCAGAGGGGAACCUGCUCCAGCCAGACGAGCUGAUGAGUUACUACCGGAGGAAAGUGUCCCGCUGGGAAAGGCAACAGAAAUACUACAAUGAAGCUGCAGCGGCCGCCAAUAUCUCUUUACCUGAUCGUGAGGGUACCUUCAACACUGAGGCCAGCUGGCUCAAGUUCCAUCUGGGAAUCAAUCGGUUUGCUCUCUAUGCCAGAGAUGACCCCAGUAUUGACCAGCUUCUCCAGGAUAUGAAGAACCAAAAGGUCAUUAGUGCAGACUACACACAAGAUGAAAAAGCACUCAAAGGAACAUGUGACUGCACACAAGUGGUGAAGCCCAGUGGACAUCACCUGAAGCUUGCUUUGAAGCUGCAGGAUUUUGGAAAAGCCAUGUUCAAACCCAUGAGGCAAGCAAGAGACCAGGAAACUCCAGAGGACUGCUUUUACUUUGUCGAUCUGCAAAGACACAAUGCCGAAAUAGCAGCUUUUCACUUGGAUAGGAUACUAGACUUCCGCAGAGUCCCCCCUGUGGCUGGGAAGCUGGUCAAUGUCACCGAGGAGAUCCUAUACACGACGCACAAUGAAGAGCUGAGGAGUGUCUUCUUCACCUCUCCGGCGGGCAACAGAUGCUUCUUCGCCAAGUGCUUGUACGUGUGCAAGACGGAAUAUGCCGUGUGCGGGAACCCGGACACGCUAGAGGGCUCAAUGUCGGCCUACCUACCCGGCCUGAGCAUCGCUCCACGCAUCUCCAUCCCCAGCCCCUGGAUCCGCUCGUAUACCUUCGCCGGGAAGGAAGAAUGGGAAGUUAAUCCAUUCUACUGUGACUCAAUUAAGCAGCUUUAUCCCUACAACUCAGGGAACAGACUGCUUAAUAUCAUAGAUAUGGCCAUAUUUGACUUCCUCACAGGAAAUAUGGACCGACACCACUAUGAGAUCUUCACCAAGUUUGGAGAUGAUGGCUUUCUUCUUCACCUUGACAAUGCCAGAGGGUUUGGAAGACACUCCCAUGAUGAGAUGUCAAUUCUGGCACCGUUGACACAAUGCUGCAUAAUUAAGAAGUCUACCCUCCUGAGGCUCAAGCUGCUGUCCCAGGAGGACUACCAGCUGAGUGAAGUGAUGAGAGAGUCCCUGAGGCAUGACGCCUUGCAUCCUGUGCUCACCGAACCCCACCUGCGUGCCCUAGACCGGCGGCUCCAGCAUGUCUUGCGUGCCGUGCGCAGGUGUAUCAGGAGGCUGGGAGAGGCACAGGUGGUAAUGGUGGACUUUGUGGAGUCCCGCAGAGCGACAGCUCAGGCCAACACAACGAGGUAGCACUAGGACCUGGUGGGAAGAGCACAGGGAAUGGCCUUGAGCAUCUGGCAGCGGAAGAAGAGGACAAGCACUGGAUAAUUUAAUAAGAUGUUUACCCCUAACAACCCCUUAAGAUGGCCCACAACACAGUCUAAUGAGAUGGUUACUU